AAAAGAUAUUGGGUAUUGAGCGAAGAGUGAAUUGAGCAAUUGGGCGCUGCGUGGAUGAACAUAGCAAGUAGCAGUAGCAGUAGCACCACUUCCGUUAACUUCCCCUUCCAACUCUCGCCACUCGCCUCUCGCGCGUCCCACCAACGCGCCACUCUCUCCCUCGUUUCCCCCAAAACCGCCAUGUCUCUCCGAUCAUCACCCUAUCCAGUCGCCGAACUCAGCCACCACUCCGACUUCGAACCUCUCCUCUCUCCCGACGGUUACAUCUCCAUCUGCGGCUUCGGCUCCCUCCUCUCCGAGAGAAGCGCGCGAAGCACUUUCCCCGAUUUGGCUAACUUCAGAACCGCAAGGCUCAACCGCUUCCGCCGCGUCUUCGCUCACGUCGCUCCGGUUUUCUUCGAGCGCGGCAUCGCCAAGCCCCAAACCAUGGAGAUUUCCAGCUUGAGUGUGGAGCCCUGUGAAGGAGAAACUCUUGUCGUAACAGUCUUUGAGAUCAGAAAAUCAGAGAUUCCAGAUUUUAUCAAGAGGGAGGUUGAGUUUCGGUUUCUUGCUGUUCUUCCUGAAACGCUCGAUGGCAAGUGUUUUGACUUUCCUGCGGUCCUUUGUGCCCGUUAUAGUGACGAGGAAUUUUUCAACAUUAGAUGUAAAGGAGACAAGGAAAUCUAUUUUCAGCAAUAUGGACGGUGGAAUAUAGAUAAAAUUUGGAGAGAUGAUGUGUUACCUUGCCGUGUUUAUCUUCGACACUGUGUACUAGCAGCAAAGAAUCUUGGUGAAACAGCCUACAACAACUUUCUGGACCACACUUUUCUUGCUGACCGCAAAACAACCAUUCGCGAGUACUUGGCAACAACAGGUUCUGGCAUCAUGGAAGAGCAGCCCCCUGAAUCCGUCAAGCAUCGCUAUGGCGGUUGAUAAUUCCAAUAGGCCAUUUUUACUGUCAUGUGGCCAUUCGGUAGAAGGGAAACUUUUAUGCUUGAAAAUCAACAUUCCAUUCCUUAGAACGAUUAAAAUAUAUUUGGUUCAUGUUUCUGAAAAUAUUAUAUGAUAUUUGAGAAUCAA